AUGGCCGAUUGCGCUGAUUUGCUUCAAGCAAAAAACUCCUCACCCCCUCCACUUGCAUAUCAAAGCGCACCAUGGUAUCUACGUGUGCCCUUCACAAUGGCAAACCCUCCCCUACCCACCGGAACGAUGGACGACGCGAAACUCAUCCCCCAUGCUAAUGCCUCCUGGCUCUCAGUACUUACCUUUGAUUGGAUGACACCCAUCCUCAAUCUAGGUUAUGCCCGUCCUCUUGAAACAGUUGAUCUUUGGCGCCUUCCUGAUUCGUACAGUGCGGAAGUGUAUGCUGAUCGGAUACUAGAGUCAUUUCAGAGAAGACAUGAAGCUGCAGAAGAAUACAAUGCUCGUCUGGCCAGCGGUGAAAUUAAGCCUGGGUGGGGGAGGAAGAUUUGGUGGAAACUCAGAGGAAAUGCGGAGAAGCGGGAAAAGCAUGGAGAGAAAAGGUAUUUCUGGUUGGCAGGACUUCUCAAAGUCAUCGCUGACACGGCGCAGAUAACAAGUCCCUUGGUGGUCAAGGCAAUCAUCCGAUUCGCAACAGAGUCAUAUGUAUCACACAAAGUCAACCCUUCUGCUCACACCCCAUCCGUCGGCCGGGGCAUCGGCCUCUCCUUCACUCUCUUCAUCAUGCAAGUCAUCUCCUCGCUUGGCUUGAACCACUCCUUCCAUCGCUCUUUAGCAACAGGUCUGCUCCUUCGCGCAGGUCUCAUCACUGCUAUAUACAGGCGUUCCCUUCGGUUCACUACUCGUGCCAGAUCCAAUCUUCCAAGUGGAAAGAUUGUCAAUCACAUAUCCACGGACGUUUCCCGAAUCGAUUUUUGCUACGUUGGUGAUGAAGAAGCUGUUAGUCCUUCGGAAGCCAGUAUGAGGUGGACGGAUAAGAGAGCGAAAUUGUUGCAGGAGUUGUUAAGUACGAUGAGAGUCAUCAAGUUCUUUGCCUGGGAAAUCCCUUUCCUGGAACGAAUCAACGAGUAUCGGACGAACGAACUUCGUUAUAUCCGUAAUCUGUUGGUUUUCCGAGCAUCGACGUAUGCCAUGGCCUUCUCUCUCCCUGUCCUCAGCGCUGUCUUUUCAUUCGUAGCUUACUCCCUUUCAGGCCACAAGCUUCAACCAGAUAUCGUCUUCACAUCUCUUUCGCUCUUUCAACUACUUCGCAUACCACUCAUGGUUUUACCGAUGUCUCUCGGCGGCAUCGCAGAUGCUUCCAACGCCAUUAGUCGUUUGCAUGACGUCUUCACUGCUGAGCUCCUCACGGAGACGAAUCGCAUUGAUCCCGAUUUGCUCGUUGCUGUCCGUGUGUCGGGCGCCAGCUUUACGUGGGAUGGCGCCCCGCCUUCAGACGAUGAUAAGGUCGGUAAGAAGAAGAAGGCGGGACCCCCUGGAGACAAUCGGCCUGGUCAUGGUAAGGAACCGGAGGCGAAAGACGGAGAGGAGGAGGGGAAAGCAUCGGAAGAAGCGGUGUUCAAGCUUCAGAAAGUCGAUUUUGAAGUUCCUCGGGGUCAACUCUGUGCGAUAGUUGGUCCUGUGGGUAGUGGGAAGAGUUCGCUCUUACAAGGUUUGUUGGGGGAGAUGAGGUGCACGGAAGGGGUCGUAACUUUUGGAGGCACUACCUCGUAUGCUCCACAGACUGCCUGGAUCCAGAGCGCGUCCAUCCGGGAUAAUAUCCUGUUCGGACGGGAGUUCGAUGAGGAGAGAUAUUGGAAAGUCGUUCAUGAUGCGGGAUUGAUGGCGGAUUUAGAUAUGCUUCCCCAGGGGGAUCUUACCGAAGUUGGAGAAAAGGGUAUUUCGCUGUCUGGUGGCCAGAAGCAACGAGUCAAUAUUGCUCGAACACUGUACUGCUCAUCCGAUAUCGUAUGUUUAGAUGAUCCUUUCAGUGCACUGGACGCACACGUUGGGAAGCACGUUUUCGAGAAUGCUGUGCUCGGAUCCUUGGCUAAGAAAACUAGAUUGCUGGUUACACAUGCCCUCCACUUCCUGCCACGCUGCGACUACAUCAUCACCAUGCUUGAUGGCCGUAUUGCUGAACGGGGGACGUAUGAAGAACUCAUGGCCAAGAACGGAGCCUUUGCCAAGUUCGUUGCGGAGUUUGGAGGGAAAGAAGGGGAGUCCAAGGAAGAUAGUGGCGAAAUUACGGUUGUUGAAGGAGAUGAGGAUGAGACUGCUGCUCUGGCGGAGAAGAAGCGUAAGGAAAUGAGUGCAGGACCAUCUUUGAUGCAGCCUGAGGAAAGGGCUGUCGGCGCUGUUGACGGGAGGGUUUACGCAGGUUAUCUGAGAGCCGCACAUGGUUUCAUCUUCGUUCCGCUUCUUUUACUUGUUUUGUUGUUCGUGCAAGGUUCUCAGGUGAUGAGCACUUAUUGGCUUGUGUAUUGGCAAGAAAGGAAGUGGCCGUAUCCUCAAGGAUUUUAUAUGGGUGUCUAUGCCGGUCUUGGAUUUAUGCAGGCUGCCACAUUAUUCUCCCUGGGAGUCGUCUUCGCUUUGAUGACUUUCUAUUCCAGCGUCCGGUUACACCGGGGAGCAAUUGAAAGAAUCAUGCAGGCUCCGAUGUCGUUCUUUGAUACGACCCCGCUUGGACGCAUCAUGAAUCGCUUUUCCAAAGAUAUUGACACGCUCGAUAACCAGCUUAGCGAGGCCCUACGAUUUUGUUUUAUCACUCUGACACAGAUUAUAGGAGCCGUUAUUCUUCUAGCUAUUCUUUUGCCUUGGUUUCUUCUCCCCGUGUUCUUCAUCACUGCCGUCUACUGGUUCACAGGUUUAUUUUACCGAAGUAGUGCGAGAGAGUUAAAGCGUCUUGAGGCCAUCCUCCGAUCAACGCUCUACUCGCACUUCUCUGAAAGCUUGUUCGGACUGGCCACGAUCCGUGCCUUUGGAGAAAGUGAACGAUUCCUGAGCGAGAACACGGACCGAAUGGACAAGGAGAACCGGGCAUACUGGCUGACGAUCACCAACCAGCGAUGGUUGUCGAUUCGCCUGGAUUUCCUUGGGGCACUCCUCACCCUCAGUGUCGCACUUCUGACAGUAGGGUCCCGUUCCUCCAUAUCACCAUCACAGACUGGUGUCUCCCUUUCCUAUAUCCUUCUGGUUCAGCAGAGUUUUUCGUGGCUCGUUCGUCAGACGGCAGAAGUUGAAAAUAACAUGAACUCUGUAGAGCGUGUAUUGCACUAUGCUAAUGAGCUCGAGCAGGAAGCGCCCCAUUUUAUUGAAGCAACGAAGCCUUUGCCGGAAUGGCCCUCUCGCGGAGAAAUAAAGUUCAAGGACGUUGUGAUGAGCUACCGUCCUGGACUGCCGCCCGUCCUGAAGGGACUAUCGCUCAACGUCAAGGAGGGCGAACAUGUCGGAAUCGUCGGAAGGACAGGCGCUGGGAAAUCAACCAUCAUGGCGACGUUGUACCGUCUCGUUGAGCUCACCUCUGGUACGAUCACCAUUGACGACGUAGACAUCUCUACGCUUGGUUUAUCAGAACUGAGAAGCAAGAUUGCCAUCAUUCCGCAAGACCCGACUUUGUUCUCUGGAACUCUUCGAUCCAACCUUGAUCCCUUUGGAUUAUAUGAGGAUGCCAGAUUAUGGGAUGCUCUGAAACGUGCACAAUUGGUCGCUACCAAUGAGAUCAAGUCAGAUAAGGAGAAGCCGAGUGUUGAAGAUGAUGACGCUGAACCUGGCGUGUCCACUUCUCAAGAGAAGGGCGUUAUGCAACGUUUCACUCUAGACACUCCCAUUGAUGACGGAGGAACGAACAUAUCCGUCGGACAACGGUCACUCGUGAGCUUGGCUCGUGCUUUAGUUAAGGAUAGCAAGAUUGUCCUCUUGGACGAAGCGACAGCCUCCGUUGAUUAUGAGACGGACACGAAGAUUCAAGAUACAAUCGCGAGCGAAUUCUCAGAUCGCACGCUGCUCUGCAUCGCUCAUCGCAUCAAAACUAUUAUCGGAUAUGAUCGAAUUUGCGUAAUGGACGCCGGGCAGAUCGCCGAGCUCGAUACCCCACUGAACCUUUUCAAUCAGCCCAACUCUAUCUUUCGCUCGAUGUGUGACCGAUCGGGUAUUAUCAUCGAUGAUGUCCGGAUUGCAAGGAAGGAGUGGGCAAUGUUGCGUAGACUCGAUUGUUUUAUGACUGAAGAAUGACAGGCAUGGUCGUCGGAGGAAGUUGUGAUCGUUUUUUGAUCAUAGCCUAAUGAGUUUGACGGACUGGCACAAAACUGCAUAUCCUCCUAUUCUUCACGUUGGGGGGUCAUUUCCUUGAGAAUGUGACUCCUUUCUUCGCUAAGGAUUUCAGGUAGAGCUGAUGUGUUGAAUGACAUAGAGUAUACAUUCAAACAAUUUCACUUAUAUAAAGAAAGCAGCCUAGCUAACCAGCUAUGUGUGAGUGGCCUAUAGAGGGGGCGUCUGUCAUGUCGUG